AUGGGGGACUGGAACUUGUUGGGGGGCAUUUUAGAGGAAGUUCACAUUCACUCGACCAUCGUGGGGAAAAUCUGGCUGACCAUCCUGUUCAUAUUCCGGAUGUUGGUUCUCGGCGUGGCAGCCGAGGACGUUUGGUUGGAUGAGCAGAGCGAGUUCGUCUGCAACACGGAUCAACCGGGAUGCAAGAACGUUUGCUACGACCAGGCAUUCCCGAUAUCGCUGAUACGCUUCUGGGUGCUCCAGAUCAUUUUUGUGUCGUCGCCUUCGUUGGUCUACAUGGGACACGCACUGUACCGACUGAGGUCUUUGGAGAAGCAGAGACACAAAAGAAAAAUCCAGCUCAGGGCCGAGCUGGAAGAGACGGAGACCAUGCUAUUGGACUACAAGAAGUUGGAGAAGGAACUUAGGAGGUUAGAAGAGCAGAGGAAAAUGAAGAAGGCUCCGUUGAUGGGCUCUUUACUCCGCACAUAUAUUAUUCAUAUCCUUACUAGAUCAGUUUUGGAGGUGGCGUUCAUCGUGGGACAGUAUAUCUUUUAUGGCAUAGGAAUGGAUCCUUUGUACAAGUGCGAGAGGGUGCCUUGCCCUAACAGUGUGGACUGUUACGUCUCCAGGCCGACGGAGAAGUCCAUCUUUAUGGUCUUCAUGAUUGUCAUCGCAGGGGUUUCUUUGGUUCUGAACCUCUUGGAAAUAUCCCACUUAGGGGUAAGGAAAAUCAAACAGACUCUAACUGGUCUCCAGCUCGCUGAGGACAACAGUCUUUGCAAACCCAAGGAUUCAAACAUUCAGCAGCUGUGCGUGAUGACAGACUCGUCGCCCCAUAAAAACCAGCAGUUGAAGACUUUUAUCCCUCGGAGGCAAAUGGACCCUGAAACGUUGUUCCUCACCAGCGCUUGCGUGGGUUCGAGCAAUGACAUGCCAAGAUACAACAGUUUUGCCGCAGCCACCUUACCAGUGUCCUGUGUGACCCAACAACCUCGCCAAAUGCGUCAGCCCAUCCAGGGAAUGAUCCAUGAACUGCAUUCACAGGCUUUCAUGGACCAGCUAGAUGACAGUCGUGACCAGCAUCUAGAAAGAAGUCAUGACUCAGAGAGGGACAUCAGACCUUUAAACUCGGGUCAUUUGGGUUAUGAAGGUCAGCACACCCAAGGGGCUUGCCAUACUGAAAUACCAGCAUGCCUUCGCAACGCUCUGCACAGGCCCAGCCGCGUGCCAGACCUGGGGGAUGAGGUUAUGGAUUCCUCUGAGAGCGACUUCUAUCCGCAAAACAGGAAAGCCAGUUAUAUGGCCCGUGUGCCCUCAGACAGCGUGUCCGGUAGUCCGUCCUGUCCCUCCACCAGGAGCACAGAGUCUGAAUUGGGUUCGCUCAGUGAACUGCCCAUGAACCCACCGCCAGGGGGACGCCGGAUGUCUAUGGCAAGUAGAGGCUAG